UGCUCAGCUGUAGGUGCGUCAGAGAGAAGCGGGCUUGGCAGAAGCGGGGAAGCCUCCUUUCUGCUGAGCUGCGGGUUAGCCAUUGCGGAGUUAAGCCGUGGCUGGGGGGAAAACUUCACCCUGGAUCAGCAAUUGCAUGAAAAGGGCUUUAAAUGCCCUGAAUGUGGCAGUGCUCAACCUGCAUCUCACAAAUUCUGCAGUGACUGUGGGAAGAAGUUAGCUGAGGCUUCUUCUACCGGCACACAAAUUGCAGAAAACAGAGAUGCAAAACUGACAUCAGUGCUGGAGAUGGAGCCUGGGGGCGAACUAAGGGUGGAAAGCUCCCCUGCCUUGGGAUCUUCCGUUGAUAAGCAACCACUAACUGGGGAAGCACAAGGGGAGCCAGAAAAAUCUUUGUCUGAGAGCCCUGGGAGUCAGGCUUCUCACACACAGAAAAAAAAAAAGAAAAAGAAGAAGAAAAAGAAAAGGAGUCCCUCAGAUGCUGAAGUUCAGGACUCUUCGAUGACAUCCUUGACAAGUUGUAUUAGUUCAGCACCACCCAGUCUUGAUUAUCUUAGCCCUGAAGUGACAGAUUCAAAAAACCAACCAAAGGAAAGUCAAAGCCCAGAAGAUAAAUUGACCAAAUCAGACAAGGAGUCGGCUGGUGACAGUGGAGGUCAGAUUAAAAGUAGCCCCUUAGACAUAGAUCAGAAUCUAGCAGUUGUUGCAGAAAAAGAUGUUGGUGAUAAUGAUUCCAAGAGUCAGGAUAGUAAUAAUGGUGCAGCAGACCAGCAUAUUGGUGCUGCAGUUGCAGAAGAGAAGAUGGAGGAGGAAAGCUCUGAAAAGAAUGAUGUAAUUGGUGAACAGACAGGUUCUAGUAAAGGACAAAGUAAGACAAGUUCUACUGCAACUGGUCUGUCUCAGGGAAAUAUAUCAGAUACUCAGACUUCGGUUGCCACACAACCUAAUUCUGAUGAAAAUGCAGAGAACGUAUCUUUGGACCCUCGCUGCAGUGGUGAAUCUUCCGAAAAUAAAUUUGCAAAAUCAAGUACAGAAGAUCAAAAUCGGGAAAUUAAGACAACUUCGUCUGAAUCGGAAGUGAGCCCGGGUCGUAAGAAAAAAGUUGAAGAGACCAAGCAACAGACAAGUGCUUCGGUUUCAAAGAAAGUCAAGUUGGAUGAACAGACUAAAUCAGAAAAUGUCUGUGAAAAACCAGAAGAAGCAACAACUCCAGCAGAAGGAUCUGAGAAGGGAAAGACUUCUGCUGCUGUGAAUCAGAAGAAGCAACAGAAAGAUCAAAAGACUAAGAAGCAGCAGACAAACCAGGAAGUCAAGCAGAGCCAUGUGAGUUCUGAUGAAGGCGUUACAGUAUAUUUUCAUGCUAUACUUUCCAAGGACUUCAAGUUGGAUCCUGGGAAGCACAAAAUUUUUAUCAGGGCACAAGGCAUAUCUGGCUAUCUUAACUUCAGCGACAAUGUCUGUGAGAUGACUUGCACAAAGUGA